GGUGGGAAAUCGUCUGCUAGCGGCAAAAGUGCGCCGGACUUUGUACCGUGUCGUCGAUGGAGUCGGUGGCAGCGCUCUAAACGUCGUCCUAAGGUCGGACUUGGACGAGCCGACACUGUGCCCCGAGGCCAUCGGGAGUGACGUCAUCCGUGGUGGUCCACUACAGUGCCCCCCUACCUGUGCAGCCGGGAGGAGCGGGGAAACAGGGCCAUGGAGGAGACCAACUCGAGCGAGGAGCUCGCUUUGUUUCCCGAGGAAGGCAUGCCCGAGGACUACGACUACGAGGAGUCGGCGUGGCGCUUCGACCUGGCCGACCUGGUGCCCACGGCGGCCGUGUACGGGGCCACCCUGCUGCUGGGGCUGGUGGGCAACCUGCUCAUCGUGUACACGGUGGCCCGGUUCCCGCGCAUGCGCUCCAUCUCGAAUCUGUUCCUCGCGUCGCUCGCCUCGGCCGACCUGCUCAUCGUGCUGCUCUGCGUUCCCGUCAAGUUCGGCCAGCUCUUCUCGUACACCUGGACGCUGGGCGAGGUGGGCUGCAAGCUGCUCCUCUACGUCCAGCACGUCUCCAUGAUCUGCUCGGUGCUCAACCUCACCUUCCUCAGCAUCGAGAGGUACUACGCGGUGAUCCACCCCGUCCGCUCACGCUACCUGUGCACCUUCAGCCAAGCGCGUCGGGUGAUCAUCUUCAUCUGGGUCGCCGCCUUCCUCACGGCUCUGCCCAUCAUCUUCGUGCAGGUUCACGUGGAGAUGGGCGUCCACCGUCGCGCCUACUGGUGCAUGCGCGACGAGGCCAGUCCCGGAGCCUGGCGCUCCUUCGAGAUCUACAUGCUCAUCCUGGUGCUGUGCAUACCCACCCUGGUCAUGGGCUACGCCUACACCAAGAUCUGCGUCCAGCUCUGGAUGGUCGUUCGGGAACGCGCCAGCCUCACCACGGGAAGCUCGGUGGCUACCGAGAUGACUGAAAAGAAGCCCAAGAAGAAGACCACAUUUGCGCCCAACGGUGAUCCGGCCGGUGGCCUCAAGGCUUCACGAGCAGACGAAGACACCGUUCGUCAGGUGAUCAAGAUGCUCAUCCUGGUCGUCUGCCUGUUCGUGCUCUGCUGGGCGCCCAUCCUGAUCCUGAACGUGCUCACGGCGUUUGGCGGCGUCGCGACGCUCAACUACUCCUACCUGAAGCCGCUGCGCACCUGCUUCCACCUGCUGUCCUACCUGAACAGCUGCGUCAACCCGCUCGUGUACGGGUUCAUGUCGCGCUCUUUCCGCGGCUCCUUCCGCGAAGCCCUGAUCGGUUGCAUGCACCCGGGUUCGGCGUCCCCGUGGCGCGGGGCCACCAUGCGUCUCAGCCGGACGCGCACCACGAGCGUCAGCAUGGGGCGUUCGGCCACCUACGUCACGUGACCCUGCCGGCCAAAGCCGGGCGCGGGCGUCGAUGACGAGCCUGUAUGCUGCGUCCCGUGGAAAGGCAAAGAGCACACAGGCGUGGACACCUGAAGACUCGAACCUGACGGAGAUGUAAACUGACAGGCGCCACCGAUCGAUGACGAGCCAAAUUGAUGGAAGUUCUGCUUGACAUAGGCAUAAACGUGCGACAGUGACUCUAGCCUCCAAAACGAAAAAGCCCACACGUUGCUCUGUUGAGUGCACAAUGCAAAGGUGGCUGUGCGAAGGGUACUUCAGCGCGCGGUGAACGCUUUAAAGCAAAACGAACGCUUCGGUGUGCAGCGGACGCUUGAGAACACUGGAGUGGCUUGAUGAAACGAGAGUGAACGCUUGCGAACGCAGUGGACGCUUGAAAAAAGCGAAGCAGAUGCACUCGAUCUUUUAAAGGAUCAGCACGGUACCUUUGGCACGGGGAAGAUUUAUAAAAUAAAUUAAGGAGAAACCUGCAUGAUUAAUGCUGACAGAAUAAAUUAAGAAUAAGAGAACUGAGAGUAGGGUGGGCAUAUAUGGUUCUAGUAGCAACCUAACUUUGCAUAAAGCAUGUGCGAAGAUUUGAAAAAUGGCGUAAGGUGACAUCACUCUCUACCUUCGCACCUUUACGAGAGCCUGUAGACACUCGCCGACGUACUGAACACCGGAAAUCUACGAUUUGUGCCGACCAACUUGACAGGAGACCCGAAAGACGCAAGACGGUCGUGAACCACGUAAAAGAAGAGGGUGAAAAGUUUGACACAAAGCGCACGAAAAAGGGAAGGUAUGACCACCUAGAAUAAGGUUUAUUAAGCCGAAGCUAUUACAAGCGAGAGCUUCAGAGGUCACCUAGUGAGUGAUGUGUUGGCUUUUAGAAGAGUGGGGAGAACAUGGUCCGGACGAUACGGAACAUUAAGACUGUCAAAAACCAAGGAGGGCCCCUAUGGAAGGGACGAACAGGGUCUUGAGAAGACAUGUACAGCUGAGAUUGGUAUUGACCGGAGGACGCAUUCGCUGAAGUCCACGCGCAUACUUCCUGGCAUCUGCGGCCACAGGUCAUCGACAGCUAUGGAGCGUGUGUGGCUGUACGUUACCUGUGAGUGGUGUGAUUCGGUGUCAACUGCUAGUGAAUCACUGAUAUCAGUGCCAAAAUGACUGUACUGUGUGUGUGUGUAUGUGUGUUGUUCUUUUUUUUUCGCCAGUGACUGAACGAAUUCAUUUUGCAGAGCCCAAUGUGCGCUAUUUGGUGAUAUGAAAGGACACGUUACUGUAGAGUGUGUUCUAGUCGUUCCAAAUUUUUCGUUUCGAACGUUGUUUAUACGCUGGAUCUGCGCAAAAAGGCCUACUGUUAGCCGGACAACAGCGGAAAAAUCGGUGGUAAAUGCUAUUUAAACAGGAGGAGUUGUAGCCAGAAUAGUUCUCAUAGAAAGUCAAUUGUUUCCAAACUAUUUCUAAAUUUUCUACAUUUCACAAUCUUUGAAGCACAGUUUUUUUACUACAUAGAACAAAAAAUGAAAAACUCCUGUCCGGCAACACGCGCCGAUUUUUGUCGAAGGAAAAAAAAAGUGGACGUAAUUUUGAGGUUCCAAAUUUUAUGAACCAUUCAUAGGAACACCAAUGAUUCCAAACAUUUAAAAACGAAAACGACGGAAUGUCGAUGGAAAAAAUUAAGCAGGGGAUCAAAUUGUCAGGUUGCCCGUUUAGUUCGGGUUAGUAGGUGGAUAAAAAUUUAUGGCAUGUACGACAUGCCAGAGCAUAGGACCAUAUAACGUUAACGUUGCGGCGAGUUGGAAAAAUGCCAUGUUAUAGCGCGGUAUGUUUGAAAACGUGUUCAGUCAGGAGAAGUACUGCAUUGUUCCUGCUGCACUGUUGAACUCUGCUCACUUAGCAAAGGAACGACCAUAGCCUAAAAUAUAGAAAGCUAGAUCGCAAGCGUCCAUGCUUUUUAUAGACAUUCUUUAGAUAUUAUUUAGAAGGGUGAACAGUCAAACUUGUUUGUACAGACCACGCCAAAGAUCUCGUGGGUAUCCCAUUUAUCUUAUCUUGCUAGGUGAUAGAAAUUUAUGAAACUUCUUUUCCGAAGAUAGGAGUCUAACUCUAAGCCUUGUCGUUCUGUAAAAAAAAAGAGCAUGAACUGUUAUUAAUACACAUUACUGUUAUCAUUAUGAUGUGCAUAAUGAGAAUUUCAAAGUGAAUAAGCUCAGGUCAGGAGGCCCGGUUAAGAAUAAGUCUUGAGUUUAAAUUUUUUUCCAAGAAAAUGUUGCAGCAUCGCUUUCUGAAACACCGGUCGGGGCGAGAGAGGCAUCUCAUGGCUAGUGCAAACGCGAAAACUUUCGUUUCUUUUUUUUUUUCUAAAGGCGGUCUUGAGCAGUGGUUCCUAAGUUCGCGAAAAAAAAAAAGAACCACGCGAAUUCUCGAAGCCUAGUGGCUGUACACAAAAAUUUAGUCCUAGUGUGGUGUAAAUAACCGUAAUACUUCGUUACAUCUUUUAACUGCAUUUUCGCAGUGUUCGAAAGUUGUGUGAAAGACGUUACUCACAAGAAUAACAAGUAAAAAAAGGCGGAGGAGGGGGAACACGGCAGACCUGUUACUUAGAAAGGCGCCUUGGUUGGCUACCAUAUGUUUUAGAAUAUUUUCUAUUUAUAAUUUAGUGCUUUAUAAUUUUACAAGUUAUAUUUUAUUUUUUUAAUAUCUUAGGUUUAGAAUAUACUGAUAAAAUUGUGGUGAAACUAUAAGUGGCUUUGUAACCACACAGCUAUUUACCACAUAGAUCAUCUGAUUGUUUUAUAGAAUAAAUUUUGCUGUACAACGUUGUCA